AUGGAGGGUGGGGAUGGAACUUCAAUCCGGAUUUGGACUGAUCCCUGGUUGCCCUCUCAGUUUUUGCCAUUUGUUUCCUCACCUGUGGCACAAGCUUUGGAGGAAGCCAAGGUAGUGUCCCUCAUUGAUCCAGACACCAAAGAGUGGCUCUCGGCCACUAUACAGUCCACCUUUUAUCCCCGUGAUGCUGAGUUGAUUUUGUCCAUCCCUUUGAGCUCUAUUCCUAUGGUAGAUAAGCUAGUUUGGCCAUUCUCUCAAACAGGUGUUUACACAAUCAAGUCAAGGUAUCGGUUUCUAUGUCGAUCACAAAGUUUUGAGGACAAUGAUUAUCACCCCAUUGAGACAAACUUAUGGAAGAAGGUAUGGGGUUUACAGGUUCAGCCAAAGGUCAGAAAUUUAUUUUGGCAGGCCAUUAAAAACUCGAUCCCGUCAAAAGUAAACCUCAAGCGACGCAUGGUUAUUCCUGUGGACUUGUGUGACCACUGUAAAAGCUCUCCUAAAGACACGGUGCAUACACUCUGGUCAUGUCCACUCCUCCAACUGGUGUUGUCCCAUGACCCAAGCUGGAACUUCAGAGCAUCCCAGCCAUUCACAACUUUCAAGGACCUGGUUGAGCAUUUAAUUGAAGCAGGGGUGGAUUUGAAUUACUUUGCAAACGUAGUUUGGACGAUCUGGCAUCGCAAGAAUGCUCUUCGGACUAGUGAUAGUCCAUUUCCAAUUCUACGAGUUCUGCAAGAUGCUCGGUCUGCACAAGCAUCUUAUGUUCGUUCAAUUCCUCCAGAACCUCCAGACCAUGGCGGCCUUGCUCCUUAA